GUGAGCUAUAGCUUGGAAGGAGCCGUCUGUCGCUGCUCAUUCUCUCGUUCUGUUUACGUUCGCUGCUUUGCCUGGACGCUGAGUUCGGGAGGAGGAAAAGAAGGGAAGAAAUAAGAAUGGCGAGCUCCUCCGCAGUGGAUUUGGCGGAUAUCCCAUCCGUGGAUCUGAUGACGGAGCUCCUUCGCCGCAUGAAGUGCUCCACCAAACCCGACAAGCGUCUCAUUCUCAUCGGUCCUCCUGGAUCUGGAAAAGGAACCCAGUCACCCAUUAUCAAGGAUGAUUAUUGCUUGUGCCACUUGGCCACUGGUGAUAUGCUAAGAGCUUCCGUUGCUGCCAAGACCCCCCUUGGGAUUAAGGCUAAAGAAGCUAUGGAUAAGGGUGAACUUGUUUCUGAUGACUUGGUUGUUGGCAUAAUUGAUGAAGCAAUCAAGAAGCCUUCAUGUCAAAAAGGUUUUAUCCUGGAUGGGUUCCCAAGGACUGUGGUACAAGCAGAAAAGCUUGAUGAGAUGCUUGAGAAGCAAGGAACUAAAAUUGAUAAGGUGCUCAACUUUGCAAUUGAUGAUGCCAUCUUGGAGGAAAGAAUUACAGGUCGUUGGAUCCACCCUUCCAGUGGCCGUACAUACCACACUAAAUUUGCACCUCCCAAAGUUCCUGGUGUUGAUGAUGUCACUGGAGAGCCUCUGAUUCAGCGAAAGGAUGAUACUGCAGCAGUUCUCAAGUCUAGGCUGGAGGCAUUCCAUAGGCAAACUGAACCGGUUAUUGAUUACUAUGGCAAGAAGGGUGUUGUUGCACAUCUUCAUGCGGACAAACCACCAAAAGAGGUUACCAAUGAGGUUCAGAAGGUGCUCUCUUCGUAGAGAUGAACUCUUCAAUUUUAAUCUAAAAGAUGGAACUUUCUCAAACCUCUCUGGGUUUUUGCUCAUUUGUAAUCCGAUACAUUAUCGGAUCGGCUGAUCCAUUGCUUUUAACUUUAACCCCAUCCGUAUGACUGUAUCUGACCGCAAGAUCCGGCUGGUUCCGUUAACUGCUGAGGUGUUACGGAAUUUAUUCCCAAAUAAAAGAAUGAAUCAUAAUUUUUGAGUAAAACUUAGUUUUGUCAAUAAUUUAGGCUCCUGGGCUAUGCAUUCUAGUUUAUUGGGUUUAAUUA